ACAGACAGGAGAACAUUUUAACUCGUCUAAAGACUUUAAGAGAACAUUUUUCUUUAAUAAAUAGACUGAAAUAAGUAAUUUCGGGUUUAAAGAGUUGAAUGAAACCCGUCGGAGUGGAUGCUGCCCGGUUCUUCGUGAUGACAGUGUGUAGGAGCAGCAGCUCCGGUACUGUACUCUGUCUCGGGGUGUUGUUAUCACUGGUAGCUACGGGUCAGUCGGGCUGUCGGGAUGCGGAUCUAUGUUGCACCGGCAGGGACCCGUCGUGUGUCAGCAGAGGAUGGAGGUCCGACCGCUCCUACGACACCUGCUACUGCGACCAAGCCUGUGCAGCCACCCUGGACUGCUGCCAUGACUACGAGACUGCCUGUCCAGCCGUGUCCUGUGUGGUGAGCGAGUGGACGCAGUGGUCAGGAUGUGCUGAGCUGUGUAAGGCCACUUUCCGCAGGAGGAGCAGGACCGUCCUGCAGGAGCCUCACAAUGCAGGUAAACCCUGUCCACACCUGGAGGAGCACGCUGGCUGUGCAGAGUACUGGACCCAUGACGGACACUGUCACAACUCUUUGGUCCCAGCUCUUAUUAUCAGCGGUGGCUAUGGCAACGCGAGGAAGAAAAGAGACAUCCCUGACAGCAAUGACAUUACAGGGUACUGUGUCCAGUUUCAGCUGACCUCUCUGACUAAAGGGUGCCAGCAGAGUGCAGAUCCGCACACACAGUGGAUGCAGAACCUGAGGGAGGGGCACAGAGUGUGUGUGGAGUGCCAGCCGCCUGCUCUUGCUGUUGGACAGACGCACUGCGCUGGUGACGGAGAGGAUGAGGAAGAGGACAAGGACAGGAGACGGUCUCUCCAGUGGCAGGCAGUGGGAAACCCUCGAUGCAGGGGAGCGUGGAAUCGUGUGGGGAGGCUGGAGGCAUGCUCCUGCCCAACAGCCCACAGUUUCCUUUUCAUCUAACCUCCUCUUUUCUUCUGUAAGCCUCCUUCCUCUUGCACAUAUUGACUCAGACAUUGAACAUGGUUACAUACCGACCAUAGAUACAAACAUUUUCAGCUUAAUAUGGCUGAAUGUGUGCUAAUGACAAAAAAAGCCCACUUGCUGUGCUUCCAGUGCAGCAACAUCAAUAAAUAAACAUUCAUUUUUUGUGGCAUCAUAAAAGCAUAUUAAUAAUGCAUCGGUGAAAUGAAAGUCAGAAAUCUCCUAAUCAAAAUGUAAAGUGAUCUGAUUUAUUUAAUUUUGACUCAUCCAAGGGAAAUUUUGCUUUCAUAAGAAAUAGAAAUAUCUUGGGACAUUGAGACACAUUUUUUUUUUUACAUGACAAGUACUGGCUCUACUGGUGUGAAUCACAACCAGUCACAAUGCCAAAGUUACAACAUGCACUGAACAACAGAACAUUUAUACAGAAACAACAGCAUAGAAAGUCAACAGGUAAAAAUGUGUGUUUCUUUACAAAACAGACAGCCUCAGGACCUACAAACAACAUUGUAUAAGAGCUGGCUAAGGUCGUUCAAAGAUCUUUUUUUUUUUUCAAUUCCCUGGAAACAGUGUACUUUACAAAGACCAAUGGCUUAGGCAAGGUUGGGGUCGAUUCCACUGAGAGCUUAAAACGUACAAAAAAUAUAGUUCAUUUUUAAUUGAUACUAGGUUUUUUAUCUCAUAUUAUAAUACUGGUACUUUUUAUAGUGUUGUGUGUAAUGUGUUUAUUCUAUCAAGGCAUCCUGAAUGGACCCCAACCCUGUAAUACAGUAUUAGAUCCAGAGCAUGUGAAAGGGCUGUUUGCUGAAGCAGUGGGGUUUUGGAAACAACCACAUGUACUUAAAGGGGGUCCUGUGGGGUUUAAACAAAUAUAAAACCUCUUUCCAGAUAAAUUUAGCCAUCAGCCAAGCAACCAAAUUCUAUUUUAGGUCUCAGCUAACUGCAUUUACUAUACAGCUGGGUGUCCUGUAAUACAAAGGUUUGAUAAUCUGUGCUCUUCAUCUUCAUUUGUAUUAAUAAAAGAGGAACAAUACAGGCCACUUGUUUGUUUUCUUUGUGACACAUGAUGGUUUAGUCCUUUGAUUCACAUAAAAAUGAUCCUUUCACUGAAAUAAAAGCUCUUUAUACUACAUACUGUUAAUAUAACUGGCCCAUGAAGAGGUUGGGGUGAAUAAAGUGCCAAAAUUAAGUAAAAAUAAAGAGGAUUUUUAGUGAGAAAUGAUAUAUUUUGUAUUAUGGUGUUGUAAUGUCACAGUAUCACAGUCUAGGUAUCAAAUCUCAUCUUAUGCUUGAUGUUUCUUUAAUUUAAAAGCAUCAUUACUGGAAUAAGGAUUUCAAUACACUUGUUCAUUUGUGUGAUAUUUUCCCAUUGUAAAUCUCAGAUUUCUACAAUGGUGCUUGCUGCCUACUUAUGGAAUAUUGAUUGUCAUCUUUGCUGCGAUAUUUCAAUGAAAAAUGGUCCCUGACUACUGUUAUAGCUUUAACUUAAAUCAUACAUUACUAGAGGUUGUGUAAACAGAACAUUGUGUAUUUUAGUGUAAAAAAAAAUUAAAAUAAAUUAUUCCGUUUUAAAAAAAGCUAUGAGCAGGUCUGUCAGAGAUUUGUUUCUUCACAUCUUCAGAAAACAUUUUGACAUCUUAGUGGAUACUUGGAUGUUACAGGGUCAAAGAUGUUGAAAUGUUUGGCAUGCAUUAGCCUUGGCUUUUUAUGACAAAGAAAAACUUGCAUUAAACAGGAAAUAAUAUAGGGCUUAUUGCCCAUAAAACUUAUUUCUUUUUGAGAUUUACAAGAAAGAAAAAAAACAGAAGCAAUGCACCAAGCUUGCAUGGACAUCAUAUUUUCAAUGUAGAUAUGAAUCAGUGCCACUUCCACCCCAUUCUCCGAUGUUACAAUUCAUAGGAGGGAAAUGUAAACUUGGCACAAAAAGUAAGGAAAUUUAUGUUUGGUAGCUUACUUCUUUGUUGUAAAAAUGCUUCUUAGCAAUACAUGUUAUACGGUUGGAAAGCCUGUUUAU